AAGUUCAUAAUUUUGCAUUCAUAUGCAGUUGUCAAAAAACCAAUAACAAACAACCAGUGAUGCUAGCACACCGGCAUGCGGUUGAACAAACUCAGCGCUCUCUCUCUCUGUCUUGCUGGCAACACUGCCACCAUCGAAAUGCCAAUUUUCAAUAUGGCGCACCGUGCCGCGGCACGGUUCCAGUUCGGUUAGCCAAAAAGCACUAAUUUUGUCACGGUUGCACAGCACCGGGAACUACCAAAUACUAUACAAUAGAUCAAAUCACGCAAAACUAUUAGCAAAAUGGGAGACACACGGUAUGUUACCGAGAUACCGAGCAGUCUCAAACAGCUGGCCCGAUUCGUAGUACGAGGGUUUUACACGAUCGAGGAUGCACUCGUGAUUGAUAUGCUGGUCCGGAAUCCCUGCAUGAAAGAGGACGACAUUUGUGAACUGUUAAAGUUUGAGCGUAAAAUGCUACGCGCCCGAAUAGCCAUUCUACGCAAUGAUAAAUUUCUACAAGUACGGCUAAAAAUGGAAACCGGUCCGGAUGGGAAAGCACAGAAGGUAAACUAUUACUUCAUCAACUACAAAACGUUCGUGAACGUGGUAAAGUACAAGCUCGAUCACAUGCGCAAACGGAUGGAAACGGAAGAGCGGGAUGCGACCAGCAGAGCGAGCUUUAAAUGUUCUAACUGCAAAAAGACGUUUACGGAUCUUGAGGCCGAUCAACUGUUUGAUUUCACAACGAGCGAGUUCCGCUGCACGUACUGUGGCAAUGCGGUAGAUGAAGAUAGUUCCGCACUGCCAAAAAAAGAUUCAAGACUGCUACUAGCAAAGUUCAACGAGCAGCUGCAACCUCUGUACGACCUGUUACGGCAGGUGGAGGGUAUCAAGCUUGCACCGGAAAUACUGGAACCAGAACCGGUAGACAUAGACACCAUACGCGGAAUCGCAAAACCAUCCACCAAAGUGCCCACGGAACAGUGGUCCGGCGAAGCCACACGAUCCAGUGGGUUUGUCGUUGAGGAAACGCGGGUAGACAUUACGAUCGGUGAUGGCGAUACGCUCGACACGGCUACGCAGCGUAAAGACCGGCCCGUAUGGAUGACCGAAUCGACCGUUAUUUCGAAUGACAUGGACGACAAUUCGGUCGAUGCUAUCCUGGAGAAAGCUGCCUUUACCUCUACCCAACCUCAAUCGAUCGGCAGUAGCAGUACCGGCACGAACAGUACAACCACUAAUGUCAUGUCGACCCGCAGCAGAAAGGAUGCGGACGACAUUAUGUCGGUAUUGUUGCAGCACGAAAAGCAGAGCGCCAACAACGCGGCUAAUGAAGCAGUGCGCGGUCUGGGACAGAACAACGAUGGUAACUCGAGUGAUACUAGCGACGAUGAUAGGGAUAUCGAAAAUGCGGAAAUACCGGACAUCGAACAUGUGGAAUCGGUAUCCGAGGACGACAUGCCUUCGGUAUACGUAGCAGGAAAGCCAUAUCCGUUGGAUGAAAUUGAUGACAAGCUGAUAGCGGACAUGACGCCACAGGAAAAGGAAACCUACAUACAGGUGUACCAAGACCACUUCAGUCACAUUUAUGAUUAAUGAUUAGACUCAUCAAAACAAAUAAAUGUUAAAUUUGAAAACUAGCGCAUUAAAACAAAAAAAGAAGGUUGCGCUGUACAUGUUCACUACA